UUCAAACACAGGUGACGCACAGCCCCGCUGCCGGGAGGGCCACUGCCUGCUCCUUCUCCCCGGUGCCCCUCCGUCCUCGCCCUCUGGGUGCCGAGCCCCUCACUGGCACCAGCGGCCCCGACCCCAUGGGGCUCCUCCGGCCUCUUCUGGCUUUGUUGCUCCUGAUGGGGUUGCCCGCCGCUUCGUGCCAUAGAAGACCACGAGAGGAUGGCUCAGGGUCGUUCUCAGUCAGACUGAGAGGCUCCAGCUCCCAUUGUCAGGGGGUCCUGGAGGUGAAGAAGGAUGGUUCCUGGAACAGUGUGUGUCUGGAAUCCUGGAAGCAGAAUACUUCCCAGAACGACCAGUAUCUGGGGUCCUGGAAUCGGACUGGAUGGAAUGGUGUCUGCAAAGAGCUGAACUGUGGGGAGGCCUUGAUUGUGGGGCACCCCCUGGAUUUCCCCGGUUACGAAGAGCAGUCCCAGCGAAUCCUCUGCCAUGGCCAACAACUUUCCUUUUCUAACUGCAGCUACCAACCCCCAAAGAGCAGCUGUCCCAAGCAUCUCACCCUGGUCUGUCUAGAGCCAACUCCUGCCUCACCUUCGCCCACAAGCCCCCAGCCCACCACCCAGCCUAAACCCACCGGCAGCCCGGGGCUCUGGCUGAUGAGGGGAGACCACCACUGCAUCGGAGAGGUGAUCUUCUACGACGGAACCACCGUGGGCACCAUCAGCUACAUUAAAAACGCCUGGAACCCAGCCCGGUUGGACUUCAUCUGCCAGAAACUGGCCUGCGGGAAAUACCUAGAAGUCUUGGAGGAUAAGGAGGCGAAAUCGAGCUUACCGAUCAGUUGGGAGAUGGUUAAUGGGCCGUGUUGGAACCUCCGCACCUGCUUCAACAAAAGCAGCCCCCAGAAGGGCACCCGGUCCCUGGCUGUUGUCUGCUCUAAUUUCCAGCCAGAAGUGAAAAGCAGGCUGACGGGUGGAACCAGCCACUGCAGCGGAGUCGUGGAGGUCUUUCACAAGAGCAACUGGAAAACUCUGGGGAAACUCAACGGUGCUUCAUUGUGGGCGGAUGUGUGUCAGCGGCAGGAGUGUGGAGCCCUCAUCUCCCAAAAGACACUGCAAGAUUCCAGCAGAAAAUUCCAGGAGGUGGUCAGUUGUCCGAGAAAAGAAAACCUCUCCCAGUGUUACACCUUCGAGGCUUGCCCCUCAUCCUGCCAAGGCGUCAUUGUGACGUGUCAGGAUCCGAACCCAGCCCCCUUGGGCGCCGGCACCGUGAUGAGCAUCAUCUUGACGUUGAUUCUCCUGGGGCUCUUCUUGGUCAUCUGCGGCCCUCCGGCCUACAGGAAGAUCGUCAAGAAGUUUCGCCAGAAGAAGCAGCGUCAAUGGAUCGGCCCCACGAGAAUGAACCAGAACGUGUCGUUCCAUCGCAACCAAACCAUGACCGUCCGGCCCCAGGUGGAAAACCCCGGAGUGUCCACCACAGAGAACGACUACAGCCACACACCCAGGAACUCCAAUCUCUUGCAGCCUCCCAGGAACUCCAGCCUCUUAGCCUAUCCAGCUCUCGAGGAGGCCCUGACGCAGACCUCCAACGCCCAGGACAACUCCUCCGACAGCGAUUACGACCUGCACGGGGCCCAGAGGCUGUGACUGGAGACCUCCGCCCUGGCUCGGGGGCCUGAACGAGGACCGAGGCGGGCAGAGGCCGAGCCCGGCCCCGGCUACCCUCAGGCCCGCAGCUUCCCCCUUUCCAGGUAGACCCUUCUCGGUACGGCACGGAGGACGCACGGCAGAUCUCGCUAAUUUUCAGGGCAAAAGUCAGGAAAUGCAAAAGAGCGGUGAGGUGGGCGCUGGACUCGGCUGAAGGGAUGGAUCGCUUUGCCCCACCCUGAAAUGUUUGCCACCUGACAGUUCCCCGGCGACGGAUUGGGUCGAGGAGCUGGGAUCCAGGGGAGACAGCAGAGGGAGAAGCAGCGUGGCUCAGUGGAAAGAGCACGGGCUUUGGAGUCAGGGCUCAUGAGUUCGA